AUGGACGAGAUCGUCGAAUUUGUUCCUCUUCUGGGCUUCCAGCGAUACAGACCGUACUUCGAUGAUACUCCAUUGCCAUCAAGAAAGCCGGAUCAGAAACCAACCACAAUACUUGACACAACAACCCAGCAAAUACCAGAAUCAACACGAGUGUUGAACAUAAACCUCGGUGAUGGGCUUGGGGAUGAUUUAGAUGAUGGACCAGUCAUUUUCCGCAGCGUUUCUCAAAGACGGAGUGGCCAUUCAAACGACUUGGAGGUUAUGAAAGCCGAUGGGCCAGUUGCGCUCGAUGGUGUAUCCCGACAAAGCAGCGGUCAUUCAAAUGAGACCACGACUACCGAUGAUCAAGGACGCAAGAAGCGUUCCAUGAGUCGAUUGUUUUCUUGGCAUAGGCAUCGUCGGGAAAGAGCCUCUAGCUGA